AUGUUAAGUAACAGUGUAAGUGCAUGUCUUUUAUGUCAUACGGAAGUUCUAACUAAAAAUUUCAAACGACAUUACGAAAUACAACAUUCUCUUAUUCAAUUUGACCUCAAGAAAUAUGAGAGUGUUUACUCUUUGUUUAAAGCUAAAGCUAUAGGAAAAGAAACUCACAAGAGGACAACAACACAACGAAUUGAUUCUUUCUUUCAAAAAGCAAAGAAACCUCGUUUAGAAUCCACAAUUGAAACCACUGACGAAUGUACAAAUACGAAUGCACAAAUUCAAUGUGAGAAUGCUUCUUCACUUUCAACUGGUACAUCUAUCACGUUACCAUCCACAAUCAUAAUUUCAACACAACAAUUAAAUGAUAAUGAUAAUUUGCGUUUUAAUGAUUUUCAAACGAUGAAGAGUAAAGCUGAAUAUAAUACGAAUUCUAGCAUCAUCGGUGGGAAACAUGAUAUAUUGGACACGUGUAGCUCACAACCACAAUCAAUAGCAGAUGAGCAAUGUGAGUCUUAUCAUAAAGAUAUGACAAAUAAAAAUGAUGAAAUACAAUUUAUUGUCCCAAAUGCUGAAGAAGGUGUUACUCAAAGAGUAUUAGUUGGUGCUAAAUUAAAAGUAUUACUUGAUAUUGACUUAGUUACUUUGAUAGGCAGGUCAUGUGAUGAGUAUGUUAGUGAUGAAGUCUUCUUAACAGAAACACGUGAACAAUUAAGUGACAUGAAAGAAAAAAUAACAAAAAUACUGGAAAUAUGUGAUGAACAAUUACAAAUAAUUGAAACGUCAGCAGAUAUCGGAUAUUUACGCAAAAGAAUGGUUCCUCUUGAUCCCGGUAUUCAAUCAUCUCGAAAAUAUAACCGAUCGGAGCUCCGUUAUUUAGUUGAAAAUGGACCAUAUCGUCCAGUUGUCAAAGUAUAUCCAAAAGAUGAGUCUAUGAGAAAGUCAACGAAUCGAUUUACUUCGAAAUGGUACGAUGAAUACACAUUUUUAGAAUACAGUGAUUCAACGAAUGCCGCUUAUUGUUUUGUCUGUCGUUUAUUUGGGAGUGGUCCCGGUUGGGAACAAGGAGAAGACGCAUGGACGAAGGGAGGAAAAAAAGGAAAAUUAGACAAACAUUUUAACAGUAAAUCUCAUCAUGCGUCGAUACAAAAAUAUUUAAAUUUUAAAUUGAUUCACAACAACGUGGAUAUGAUGCUGGACAAAAAUCUUCAAGAAAUGGAACAAAAUCAAAUUCAACAAUCAAUGACAAAUCAAACAGCCAUCACAAUGUUAAUAGAUUGCGCUCGUUUUUUGAUGCGACAAAAUUUGGCUUUUAGAGGUGAUAAUGAUGAAGAUAGUAAUUUUUUUCAAAUCGUAAAUUUUUUGGCAAAGUAUAACCCUGUGAUGGCUAAAUGGUUACAAGGACGAAAAAAUCGACCGUAUAAAAUUCAUUAUAUGAGUAACGACUCUCAAAACGAAUUUAUUAAAUUAUUGGGUGGAAAAGUACAGGUGGACAAUUUGAACGAAAUCCGUAAAUCAAUAUUUUAUUCUGUUAUGGCAGAUACUACACCUGAUUUUAGUAGAAAAGAAAUGUUCUCUAUAUGCAUUCGUUAUUGUUCAGAAAAUUUGGAACCUAAAGAACGUCUAAUAUCGAUUAAAGAAGUAGUAACAAAAACUGGAAGUGGGCUGUCAAAAGCAAUAAUCAAUGAACUAAAUGACCUUGAGUUAGACUGCGAACGAUUAAUAUCUCAGUCAUAUGAUUAUGCUAACAAUAUGUCUGGACGAUGGAAUGGUGUUCAAGCGAAGUUAAGUGAACAUCUCGGGCGAAAUAUUAUUUACAUUCCUUGUCAAGCACAUCGUUCUAACACAGUCAUCAAACAUUCAUGCUCAAGUCUGGAAGUAGCAAAAUUAUUUUCUGUAUUACAAUCCUUAUAUAAUUAUUUCACAUCUAGUACAAAAAGAUUAUCAUUGCUAAACGAAAAAUACAAAUCAAACAUUUUCGCAUUGAUACCAAAAACAACAUCAACCCCUAGAUGGUCAGCAACAUUCAAGUCAUUAAAAGCCGUCUAUGAAUCAUAUGUUGAAAUUUUAGCAGCCUUAAGUGAUAUUGUGGAUGACGAUGGAUCUUAUUUUGAUAAGGAAUCACGAUCUGAAGCGGAUAUAUUAUUAGAUAAUAUUAAAAAAUUUGAAUUUUUGAGUAAUUUAAUAUUUAUGAAAAAUGUAAUGGCAAAUACUAAUAGCUUAACAACGAUUUUACAAAAACAAGAACUGGAUUUGAUAACAGCGUCCGAAAUAAUGUCAGUAACAGUUUCCCUAUUAAAAACAAUGAGAAACGAUGAUGAAAGUUUACACAACGUUAUUAAAUUAUCAGAAAAAAUUUCUGUUAAAAAUGGAAUCGAUCCUGAUUUAGAAUUUUCAGUAAAACAUCGUCGACGUAAACCACCACGACGAAUUGAUGAUAAUCCCAAUACAGCACAUCAGUUUACAAGACAAUCUUAUUGUAUUAAAAACUAUCGUGAGGUAUUAGACAAUUUGAUACUGGGAUAUUCGGAAGUGAUCAAAAAUAUUGAAGGAAACGUUAAAUCAAUAUCAAAACUUUUACCGAGUAGAUUAUCGUCCUUCGAUAUUAAAGAUGCUCAAAUUGUUUCUGAUAUGGUGCGUAUUAAACAUCAUGAAUUACUACUAUCAGAAAUUCAUAUUUUAACAAAAUCUGAAUCAUUUACUGACAAUGUCACAAAGGUGCGUGAUCUUGCUACAAUUAUUAAUCAAUCAAAACAGCAUUAUCCAAAUUUAUUUAUUGCUUACUCGUUUUUGUUAUCUUUACCCGUCACAGUGGCGAGUAAUGAACGUUCGUUUAGCCGAUUAAAGCUGAUCAAGAAUCGUUUAAGAUCUACGAUGGGUGAUGAAAGAUUAUUUCACUUAAUACUAUGUCCAAUCGAAAGAGAUACUCUUGACAGCCAGUGUGUCACAGAAUUAGCCAAAAUAUGGGAAAAAAAUAAACAUCGUCGAAUGCCUUUAGCAUCAUUUUUUUGA